AUGGGAAACAUAGACAGCAGAGCCUAAUUUGGCAAUGGAUAUCUUUAAGCUGCUUGCGAUUAACCAUUUUACGAGCCAGGUCAAACUGUGACAGGCAAGGUUUAUGUUAGAUUAAUAAAUAACAUUGCUGACGCAAAGUGCGUCUAAAUUAAAAUCCGAGGAAAGGAAAAAGGUUCUUGGUGGGAAACAUUUCAUAGAAAUGUUCGAUAUACAGAUGGAAGAACAGUUUACCAAUAAGUGACUGAGAAGAGAAAGUCAAGAAAAGACUUCUUUAGCGGAUCAGUUUCUCUUCAUGAUUUCUAAGCCGGUGCAAGUAAAGGAGAUUACGUAUUUCCAUUUCAAUUCUAACUAUCAGAAAACAUUCCAUCUUCAUUUUUCUAUAAAAAUUCUCAUAUUAAAAAGAAGCCUAAAGCUCAAGUAAAGUAUUGUAUUAAGGCCUCUCUAGAAACUAGAUCAGAUCAUAAUGAGAUGUAAUAUAAAUAAGUUCUCAUUGUGAGAGAAAAACCAGAUUAAGCGGUGAUGGAAAAAAUUGCUAAAAUAUCAGAAUAAAAAGUUACAACUUGGUGCUGCGUUAAUUAAGGUACUUCUAAGAUUGAGGUUUAGUUUGACAAGAAUACUUUCUUUCCUUAUGAGCAAGUUAAAUGCAAGGUCGAGCUUAACAACGGAAAAUGCAAUAUCCCCAUGACCGCUGUGAGAUUUUCUGUUGAACAAGAAUUAAGCAUUAACUGCCACAAUCACAUAUUUAGAGAUCUAAUUGUUAUCAAAGAGAAAUAAGAAAAUGGCGCUCCUGCAAGACAUGAUAAAAAUGAAGAAAGGGAAUUGGAAGUAGAUUUAAGUUAGAUUAAAUAUUAGGUGCCUGCUCACAGAAAUAAAGGAGGCAAGCAUGUUUAAUUUAGUUUAGAAGAUGCUUUUUAAAUGAGUCAAGCUCAACCAGAUUGCCACGGAAGUAUUAUUAAGAAUGAUUAUUACUUGGCAGUUAGAACAGUCUUUGAUGGUUGUACUUGCUGUGCUGAGCUUCCAAAAGUUCGUAUUCCUUUAAAUAUUCUUCCAGUCAUUAACCCCUAACUAGCUAAUUUCGCACCUCCUAAUGAUUACAACCCUAAAGAUCAUGAAAUCACCAAGAUAACUUUUAACAAAAAUUGA